UCCUGUCGUAGCUUAUAUGUAAAAAAUUAUAUGUCGUUUUGGCCAAGAGGUUCCCUUGGGCUUGGAUUUACGAAUUGCAAGCAUUAUGAGCCGUAGUAACACUAUGGAACGAUAUCAUCUAUCGGCAUUCAAGCUACCAUCAUCAUUCUUUAAAUAUGAUGCUCUAUCCACGGUGCUUUCCACCGCGGAUGACGCUUUGCUCCUGGCAGCCGGCGCUUGGCAAAACAUCAGUGGGAUGCUUUGCAAUACCGGCCACCGGUAUCCUUCCGAAGCCGACGACAACGUUGUCAUUUCAGAAAGCAAUGGUGAAGUAAUGGAGUUGGCAAGUUGGUGGGCGAGCAUCCGGGCCCUUGAUGGCAAGGGCCAGCUUGCAGCCAUGGCCUUGAUGUACGACGCGUGGCAUGGCUUGUACGACAGCUCGCCAGUUAUUCCCGUGGCUGCAAAUGCCCCAGGCCAGAACUGCAUUUCUCGUGCGAGUACGACUGAACACAACGCCUUUGAAACCGUUGCCGUGUACGACAAAACCGAAGGCGAUGCCGAUGCAGUUGUCAUUUCCACCGGUACGCCAUUCUACACUAGCUUUGCAGACCUUGACUUCUCCGCCACGAAGCAUCAGGAGCUACAGCCACCAUACCAUCAGCAGGCCUUAAUCAGUGCCCGCGCCUCACUUGGCGAAAUUAUAGAAGCCGGUUCAGACUGUCUUGUUACUAUUGCCAGCGGCGUUGCCAUGCCUACGGAUGGCGGCGUUGGUGAUGGUGCUGCUGCUGCUGCUGGUUCGGUGGUGGCGGCGGUGGUGGACUGGCCCUCACUGGAGCUCAUUGUGCCUGCGCUGGAUUCCGUGGCGUUAACGGCCGCAUUGUGCAGUUUUGACGACGGCGACGGCGCUGAAGAGGACUUUUUUUGGGUCACCCCGGCUUUUGGCGUCGCGAACGGUUCAUCAGAGAAGGAUGACCCUCGGAGUCCUGAAUUUGUCCCCGGCAUUGUCAAUGCCGGUAUCCUUGACGUGGACGCCUCGUUCGAUGCUUCUGUCGACGCUUCCACCGCCUGCGCCACCGCGUCGGACGCUUGCUUGUACGACUCGGAUUUGGAUUCUGACAGUACUGUUGACGCCGACGGAUAUCUGUUGGCGUCUGGCGGCGAUCUGUCUUCUUCGGUCGCCGCCGACUUGGAGUUCAUUUCAUCUUCAGAGGAUGGACUCCCCAUGCUGAAACUUUCGCUGUCGCCGUCGCACUCGAUGCCGUCGGAAGUAGAGGUGAAGCCAAGCCGUCGCCUUGACUGCUACUUGCAGCGCCUUGCCACCAAGGUCCCUGCGCCGUCCUUGUUGCCUCCGCCGCCAUCGCCGGCGCCGGUCAUGGCCUCAGCGCCGGUCCCGGCGCGGGAUGAUGUCGAUGAGCUCAAGCCAUGCGUCACUCCCGUUUCCGUUGGAAGGAGGAGGAAUUGCGCCACGGCAACCUUGGCGCAGCGGCGAUUGGAAUCUAAAUGGCAGGAGUUGCAAGUUCAGUGGCUUGAGUUCGAUGUCUACUGGCAGCAGCGUACUCAGUCGCGGCGGUCGCCACGGCCGCCAAAGCCGCAGGAGCCGCAGCCUGCCCAGGUGCUUCCGCACCCUCAACGACGGGGUGACUUGAAGCCCCAGCCCCAGCAGCAACGGCUGUGGCCGCAGUCGAAGUUGCCCCAGUCACCGCGCGCGGCGUCAUCUCCCCAGCAGCAACAGCAACAGAGGACAGUUGCUGGCGCAGGCGGCGGCGGCAGCGGCAGCUCGCGGCCGAACUUUAUGCGGUCCACGACGGCGUCGGCGUUGAUGGCGACGACGAGGUCGCCUUCGUCUCCCUUUGGUCAGCACCAGGCGAGUCGUCAGCACAGCGCCGGUUCUCCACGCAUGGGGGCGUGGAGCAGCAGCAGCAGCAGCAGCAACAACAACAUUCGGCGUGUGUAG